GCUGAUUGGCUGCAGCACCAGGGAGUUUGAGAAGAGGAUGGGCUAUAUAGCGCUCACUAGCUGUCUCGAUCGACUAUACCAUCUCCCCAUACCCUUCCCAUACCUCCAACCCCCCCUAUCAGCAACACCAUGCACGUUAUCCUCACCGGCGCCACGGGCACGAUUGGCCUCCCCGUCCUCCACCGCUGCCUCGAGACGCCCUCUAUCACCCGCGUUUCUGUCCUCUCUCGCCGGCCUAUGGAGAUCCCCACGGGAUAUGGCGGGCGCACGUACGAUGCAAGCAAGGCAGAGGUGAUCGUACACAACGACUUCACGCAGUACGAUGCGGGCCUGCUGGAGAAGCUCAAGGGCGCGCGCGCAGUCAUCUGGGCGCAAGGCGUGCCGCAGAACGAUGUGAAGAAGGGCGAGUACAUCCGCAUCACCUACGACUCCCCCAUGGCUGCCGCGAAGGCCUUCGCGCCACUCGCCGGGCCCAACGACCCCUUCACCUUUGUGCACGUCUCCGGCGAGGGCGCCGACCCCACCGAAAAAGCCUGGGCGCUCUUCGCCAAGACCAAAGGGAGGACCGAGCGCGAACUCCUCAAGCUCGCCGCCGACUCCGCCCCCACCUCCUCCUCUCCCUCCCAGCCCACCUUCCGCGCCUACAACGUGCGCCCCGCCGCCGUCUGCGCGGGCAAGCUCUACCCCUACCCCGACCGGCAACGACCCUUGGCCUACCGCGUUCUCGGCCCCAUCAUGACCCCUGCGCUCCGCGUCGUCAGUCCAGGCAUGCUCAGCCCGACGGACGAGAUCGCGACGGUGCUGGUGGACCUGGCAACGGGGAGCCUGCCGGAGCAAUUCAAGGCGGACGCGGCGGGGAAGCUGAAGGGCGAGGGCAUCGAAGCGGGCGGGUGGACAAUGCGGUGCCACGCGAUCAGGCAGUGGGCGAAGUUGAGGGGCGUUGUGGGGAUGUAGGGAUUGCUUGUCGGAUGCUUGGUUGUCGUCGUGUGCUGCUCUUCGUAUAUAUCAUUGAUACCAGACUAUCCUCGUCCCAAGCCGCGCGUUGAUAAUGGUACAAUUGUCGUGCCCAAGCAGACGGAUGCAUCUUGCUCAAUCCCGCCACGUCUAGGACCUGGC